GGCUCGCACCCAUGUCCCCUGCAUUGGCAGGCAGAUUCUUAACCAUUGCGCCACCAGGGAAGACCCCCUACAUGUUUUUAAAGGAGAAAAAAAGUUUGGUGAGAAACUCACUUUUGUUCUGUUAUGUAAAUAAGUUUUAAAAUAAUUUGUAAGUAAGAAAAAAUGUGGAGAACUUUUUUUCUUCAGACACUUCCCAGGUUCCUUGGCAUAAAUUGUGUGAGAAGCUUGAGGGUUUUGUGUUAUCUCUUAUAGUUUUAAAAUUUUUUGAUAUUACAUAGGUGAAUCACGUACUGAUUUUUAUUAAUGUAGAUAACCCAGUUACACAUUAAGUGUUUACAGUCACUUAGUAUUUUACAACCUCAACUGUAGUUAUAAAGUAAGUAUUCCACAUACUUCCUAACAGUUCCUUGAAGAUGGAGCUAGUCUGGCAUUUAGUCCUUAUUGUCCUCCUGAGUUUUUCUUGUUGGGGGUUAGACUGGGAAUCUGAUAGAAACUUCAUUUCAGCUGCUGGUCCUCUAACCAGCGACUUGCUACACAACCUGAGCAGUCCACUGGGAAACCAGGAUUCUCCCUUUGUAACAGGAGACAAAGAAAUUUAUGUUUGUCGCCAGCCACUGCCCUCUUUCCUGCCAGAGUACUUUAGCAGUGUUCGUGCCAUUAUGAUCACUCAUUACAAAGUAUUUCUGCCGUGGGCACAGCUACUCCCAGAAGGAAGCUCCAAGAACCCAGACAAGGAAACAGUGCAGUGCUACCGCCAACUCCUUGAGGCCCUCAAGACUGCUCAGCUUCAGCCCCUGGUGGUCCUGCACCACCAGACCCUCCCUGCCAGCACCGUCCAGAGAACUGAGACCUUUGCUGAUCUCUUUGCUGACUAUGCCUCCUUCAUCUUCCACUCCUUUGGGGACCUAGUUGAGAUCUGGUUCACUUUUAGUGACUUGGAGGAAGUGAUAAUGGAGCUUCCCCACCAGGAAUCAAGAUCUUCACGUCUCCAGAUGCUCAAUGAUGCCCACAGGAAAGCCUAUGAGAUUUACCAUGAAAAAUAUGCUUCUCAAGGCCGGAAGCUCUCUGUGGUCCUGCGAGCUGAGGCGGUCUCCGAGCUCCUGCUAGAACCGUCUACGUCUGCACUUGCCAAGGAUGCAGUUGACUUCCUCUCUCUUGAUUUAUCUUAUGAAUGCCAAAGUGAGGCGGAUUUCCGGCAGAAGCUGAGUCAGUUGCAGACUAUUGAGCCAAAAGUGAAAGUUUUCAUCUUCAACCUGAAACUCCAGGACUGCCUCUCCACCAGGAAGAACCCAGCUGAUCUGUUCUUCAACCUUCUCACAGCCAUAAGUGAAGAACAAGUGCUCACCAUUGGGUUUGAUCUUAGUACAUUCCUGAGCUGUUCAUCAAGUUCCAAGAAAAGCAGGUCUUGUUCUCUGACUGACAACCUGACCCUCCAGACUGCCCUGCAGUUGGACCCGGAGACAGCAGUAGACUCCUCGCUGCCCCACUCAGCCUAUCAGAGAGUCUGGGAAAUGUUUGCCAACCAGUCCAGGGCAGAAAGGGAUGCUUUCCUGCAGGAUGUUUUUCCUGAGGGUUUCCUCUGGGGCGUCUCCACAGGGGCUUUUAAUGUGGAAGGAGGCUGGGCCGAGGACGGAAGAGGGGCAAGCAUCUGGGACAGAGUCGGGCACCAGAACACCGGCAAGGGCCUAGCAACGCCAGAGGUGGCCAGUGACAGUUACCACAAGGUGGACACUGACGUCGCCCUGCUUCGUGGCCUCCGGGCCCAGGUCUACAAGUUCUCCAUCUCCUGGUCCCGCAUCUUCCCCACUGGGCAGGGGCAGAGCCCCAACCUCCGGGGCGUCGCCUACUACAACAUGCUGAUCGGCAGGCUGCUGGACUCGCACAUCGAGCCCAUGGCCACGCUGUCCCACUGGGACCUGCCUCAGGCCCUGCAGGACCGCGGCGGGUGGCAGAAUGAGAGCAUGGUGGAUACCUUCCUGGACUAUGCGGCCUUCUGCUUCUCCACGUUUGGGGACCGUGUGAAGCUGUGGGUGACCUUCCACGAGCCAUGGGUGAUGAGCUACGCAGGCUACGGCACCGGCCAACACGCACCAGGCAUCUCCAACCCAGGGGUGGCCUCUUUUAAGGUGGCUCACGUGGUCCUCAAGGCUCAUGCCAGGGCUUGGCACCACUACAACAGCCAACAUCGCCCACAGCAGCAGGGGCGGGUGGGCAUUGUGCUGAACUCAGACUGGGCAGAGCCCCUGUCCCCAGAGAGGCCUGAGGACCGGAGAGCCGCUGAACGCUUCCUGCACUUCAUGCUGGGCUGGUUUGCACACCCCAUCUUCGUGGAUGGAGACUACCCGGCUGCCCUGAGAGCCCAGAUCCAACAGGUGAACAAGCAGUGCCCCAGUCCUGUGGCCCAGCUCCCUAAGUUCACCGAGGCAGAGAAGCAGCUCCUGAAGGGCUCCGCUGACUUUCUGGGUCUGUCGCAUUACACUUCCCGCCUCAUCAGUAAGGCCCAAGGAGAUACCUGCGUCCCCAGCUAUGAUACCAUUGGAGGCUUCUCCCAACACGUGGACCCUGCGUGGCCCCAGACCGAAUCCCCUUGGAUUCGUGUGGUACCCUGGGGUAUGAGGAGGCUGUUGCAGUUUGUAUCCUUGGAAUACACAAGAGGCAAAGUUCCAAUCUACCUGGCUGGGAAUGGCAUGCCCAUAGGGGAAAGUGAAGAUCUCAUCAAUGAUUCCUUGAGAAUUGACUACUUCAAUCAAUAUAUCAACGAGGUGCUCAAGGCUGUCAAGGAGGACUCAGUGGAUGUUCAAUCUUACAUUGCUCGUUCCCUCAUCGACGGCUUCGAAGGCCCCUCUGGGUACAGCCAGAGGUUUGGGCUGUACCAUGUCAACUUCAAUGACAGCAGCAGGCCAAGGACUCCCAGGAAAUCUGCCUACUUUUUCACCAGCAUGAUUGAAAAGAACGGUUUCCUCACCAAGGUAGUAAAAAGACUGCCACCACCCAGUAAAGCAAACGUCCCCCGGAAAAUCAGAGCCUUCACGUUUCCAUCCGAGGUGCCUUCCAAGUCUAAAAUAGUCUGGGAAAAGUUCUCCAACCAACCCAAGUUUGAAAGAGAUUUGUUCUACCACGGCACGUUCCGGGAUGACUUCCUGUGGGGCGUGUCCUCAUCAGCCUAUCAGAUUGAAGGAGCUUGGGAUGCUGACGGCAAAGGCCCCAGUAUCUGGGAUAAUUAUACCCACACACCAGGGAGCAACGUGAAAGACAGGGCUACUGGAGACAUAGCCUGUGACAGCUAUAACCAUCUGGAUGCUGAUCUGAAUAUGCUUCGAGCUUUGAAGGUGAAGGCCUAUCGCUUCUCUAUCUCCUGGUCUCGGAUUUUCCCGAAUGGAAGAAACACUUCUGUCAACACACGUGGUGUUGAUUAUUACAACAGGCUGAUUGAUGGCUUGGUGGCAAGCAGCAUCUCUCCCAUGGUGACACUGUUCCACUGGGACCUGCCCCAGGCCCUCCAGGAUAUUGGAGGCUGGGAGAAUCCUUCCUUGAUUGAGUUGUUUAACAGCUAUGCAGACUUUUGUUUCCAGACCUUUGGUGACAGAGUCAAGUUCUGGAUGACUUUUAACGACCCCACACACCAGGCAUGGUUGGGGUAUGGCUCAGGGGAAUUUCCCCCAAACGUGAACGACCCAGGCUGGGGACCUUACAGGAUUGGUCAUGCAAUCAUCAAAGCUCAUGCCAGAGUCUAUCACACUUACGAUGAGAAGUACAGGCGAGAGCAGAAGGGGGUCAUCUCUUUGAGCCUCAGUGCACACUGGGCUGAGCCCCAGUCGCCAGGGGUCCCCAGGGAUGUGGAGGCAGCUGACCGAAUGCUGCAGUUCUCACUGGGCUGGUUCGCCCACCCCAUCUUCCGAAACGGAGACUAUCCCGAUGCCAUGAAGUGGAAAGUGGGGAACAGGAGUGAACUACAGCACUUAGCCACCUCCCGCCUGCCCAGCUUCACCGAGGAAGAGAAGAGGUACAUCUCAGCUACAGCCGACGCGUUCUGCCUCAACACCUACUCCUCCAGAAUUGUGCAGCAUGCAACCCCCAGGUUAACCCCGCCCUCCUAUGGAGAUGAUUGGGAGCUGGCCGAGAGGGAGGACUCUUCCUGGCCCCCCACAGCAGUGAACAGAGCUGCAUCCUGGGGGCUGCGAAGACUGCUCAACUGGAUCAAGGAAGAGUAUGGGGACGUCCCCAUUUACAUCACUGAAAACGGAGCAGGGCUGACAGAUCCGAAAGUGGAAGAUACCAGUAGGAUAUUUUACCACAAAACCUAUAUCAAUGAAGCUUUGAAAGCCUACAGGCUCGAUGGUGUCGACCUUCGAGGAUAUGCUGCAUGGUCCCUGAUGGACAGCUUUGAGUGGCUAAAUGGCUACACGGUCAAGUUCGGACUGUACCACGUUGGUUUCAGUAACGUGAACAGGCCUCGCACAGCAAGAGCCUCUGCCAGGUACUACACGGAGGUCAUCAUGAGUAACGGCAUGCCGCUGCCCAAGGAAGACGAGUUUCUGUAUGGACAGUUUCCCGAGGGCUUCAGCUGGAGUGUGGCUACCGCUUCAUAUCAGAUCGAAGGUGCGUGGAGAGCAGACGGCAAAGGGCUCAGUAUUUGGGACACGUAUUCUCACACACCGCUGAGGGUUGGGAAUGAUGACACUGGAGACGUGGCCUGCGACAGUUAUCACAAGAUUGCCGAGGAUGUGGUCGCCCUGCAGAACCUGGGUGUGACCCACUAUCGCUUUUCCAUCUCUUGGACUCGAAUCCUCCCUGACGGAACUACCAAAUACAUCAAUGAAGCGGGCCUGAACUACUACGUGCAGCUCAUCGACAAGCUGCAGGCUGCCAGCAUCCAGCCCCAGGUGACCAUUUACCACUGGGACCUGCCGCAGGCACUCCAGGACGUCGGAGGCUGGGAGAAUGAGACGGUCGUACAGCGGUUUAAGGAGUACGCAGAUGUGCUCUUCCAGAGGCUGGGGGACAAGGUGAAGUUCUGGAUCACACUGAACGAGCCCUAUGUCAUUGCUAACCAGGGCUAUGGCUAUGGGACAGCAGCUCCAGGAAUCUCCUCCAGGCCUGGCACUGGUCCCUACAUUGCUGGCCACAACCUAAUAAAGGCUCACGCUGAGGCCUGGCAUCUGUACAACGAUGUGUACCGCGCCCGUCAAGGUGGCAUGAUUUCCAUCACCAUCAGCAGCGACUGGGCUGAGCCUAGAGAUCCCUCCAACCAGGAGGAUGUGGAGGCCGCCAGGAGAUACGUUCAGUUCAUGGGAGGCUGGUUCGCACAUCCAAUUUUCAAGAAUGGGGAUUAUCCCGAGGUGAUGAAGACACGGGUCCGUGACAGGAGCUUGGCGGCAGGCCUCAACAAGUCUCGGCUCCCUGAGUUCACAGAGAGUGAGAAGAGGAGGAUCAACGGUACCUAUGACUUUUUUGGGUUCAAUCACUAUACCACUGUCCUGGCCUACGAUCUCAACUAUGCCUCUUGGAUCUCUUCCUUCGAUGCAGACAGGGGAGUUGCCUCCAUCACAGAUCGCUCUUGGCCAGACUCUGGCUCCUUCUGGCUGAAGAUGACACCUUUCGGCUUCAGGAGGAUCCUGAACUGGUUAAAGGAGGAGUACAACAACCCUCCGAUCUACGUAACAGAAAAUGGAGUGUCCCAGCGCGAAGAAUCAGACCUCAAUGACACUGCUAGGAUCUACUACCUCCGCAGUUACAUCAACGAGGCGCUCAAAGCUGUGCAGGAUAAGGUGGACCUUCGAGGAUACACGGUUUGGACUCUGAUGGACAACUUUGAGUGGGCCACAGGCUUCGCAGAGAAGUUCGGUGUGCAUUUCGUGAACUAUACUGACACUUCUCUGCCAAGGAUCCCCAAAGCGUCGGCCAAGUUCUACGCCUCCAUAGUCCGGUGCAACGGCUUCCCUGACCCCGCUGCAGGGCCACACCCUUGUCUGCAGCAAGAUGCUGAGCCCACUACCAGUCCCAUGAGAGAAGAGGACGUUCAGUUCCUGGGGCUCAGGCUGGGUACAACAGAGGCCCAGACAGCACUGUAUGUACUCUUUGCUCUAAUGCUUCUUGGAGUCUCUGGUGUGGCAUUUCUGUCCUACAAGUACUGUAUGUGCUUCAAGCAAAAGCAAACACCACCAGAUGAACAGGUUACCACCUCCUCCAGUUCUGCAAAACAGGCCUAGUUUCUUUGAAGCCUUUGCCACCUCCAGGACCACUGAGGAUC